GACCUCGUUAAGCUCCUCCUGAUGAUCCUAAUGAGAUGCAGCUGAGGUGGUUGCACCUGCCCUGCCAGUCACAUCCUGGAGGACAUGAGGGAAAAGAACAACAAUCUGUGCACAGAUCAGUGAUAAGACAUGGUCUCAGUUAACACAACGUUGAGUACAUGACACGGAGGCGGGAAGAAGAUCCUGUCUGAAGGUUUGGUCUCUUUGCAAGUUAUGUGCAACAGAAACCAGGAAACAGAAAAUGUUGUUAUAAAUGGAGAAGAACCUUCCUUUCGAGUGCUUUCUGUGUUAAUCACACCUGAGCCUGACAGUGGAAACACACCUGGACAAAAAGCUGCAGAAAGAGGAGGAGCUAAGCUGGAAGAGAAGUUCCAUGAUGUUUUUGUAAAGAAACCAAACUAAGUCCUUUUUAACUCCUAAGAAAUUAUUCCUAUACAGCUGGAAACCUUUUCUGCAGAUAUGUCAAAGACACAGAAAGUAGGAAAUAAAAUGAAAUUAAAGUGCUUAAAGAGUUCAUCUAAAUACUUUCUGCCACUGAGUCAGUAGUUCUCACUGAGGGCGACAGCGCCCUCUGGUGGUACAGUGCUGCCUUCUCAUGCCUACACCUUGGUGACCAACCAAAUCAGCCUUCAUCAGUGACAGAGCAGCUGAUCACAGCUAACUCCUCCCACCACCUGUUACUGCAACUCUGCACAGGGUCUCUCCUUUCAGUCACAAUGAUCCUGUAAAUGACAGUCAGAACUUCUGGGUCCAGAAAUGAAACUUAAAGUGUGAGGAGCAGCUUCAGUCCUGACAAGUCGUGUUUCUGUCUGAAAGGGGUUCCAGGAGGUCCAUCGGGUUUUUCUCCACAAACUGCCUGCAGACAUGUUGGCUACCAGCUGUUUUCUCUCUGAAGAUCAGUUUCUGUGCUCCAUCUGUUUGGACCUGUUCACUGAUCCGGUCACCACAUCAUGUGGACACAACUUCUGCAAGAACUGCAUCACUCAGCACUGGGAUGACACAAAAAUCUGCCAGUGUCCAAUUUGUAAGAAGGACUUCAGUACACGACCUGAAAUGGAGGUUAACACCCUGCUCUCUGAGAUGGUUGCUCAGUUCAGACAUGGAGCUCAGCAGGAAGCCAGCAGCAGCUCAGAGCAACAAGCUGCCAGACCAGGAGAAGUUCGCUGUGAUGUCUGUACUGGAACCAAGCUGAAGGCCCUGAAGUCCUGCCUGGUGUGUCUGAUCUCCUACUGUCAGACUCACCUGAAGCCUCACCUGACAGCUCCACGUCUGAAGAAACAUCAGCUGAUGGAGCCUGUGAAGAACCUGGAGGACAGGAUGUGUCUGCAGCACGAUAAACCUCUGGAGCUGUUCUGUAAGACCGACCAGGCGUGUUUCUGCUCGCUCUGCUCUGUUUUAGACCACAAGAACCACGAGUUGGUUCCUCUGAGAGAAGAAUCUGAAGGAAGGAAAGCAGAGCUGAGGAAGACAGAUGCUGAAGUUCAGCAGAUGAUCCAGAACAGACAACGAAAGGUUCAGGAGAUCAAAGAUUCUGUGAAGAUCAGUAAAGAUGCUGCAGACAGAGAGAAAGCAGACGGUGUUCAGAUCUUCACUGCUCUGAAGGAGUCUGCUGAGAGAGGCCUGAAGGAGCUCAUGAAGGAGAUCGAAGAUAAACAGAAAACUGCAGAGAAACAGGCUGAAGACUUCAUCAAAGAUCUGGAGCAGGAGAUCUCUGAGCUGAUGAAGAGGAGCUCUGAGGUGAAGCAGCUCUCACAGUCUGAAGACCACCUCCACAUCCUUCAAAGCUUCUCCUCCCUGAAAGCUGUUCCACCCAGCAAGAACUGGACAGAGGUCAGAGUCCGUCCACCAUCAUAUGAGGGGACUGUGGUGAGAGCUGCUGCUCAGCUCCAGGAGAUACUCUUCAGAAUGAAUCAGCUGUCUGAGGUGGAGCUGCAGAGGGUCCAGCGGUAUGCAGUAGAUGUGACCCUAGAUUCUGAAACCGCUCAUCAUCAUCUCAUUGUGUUUGCUAAUGGAAAACGAGUGAGUCAUGGGAAUUUGAAAACUCUUCCCAGAAACCCAAAAAGGUUUUCUGUAUCUGUGAAUGUUUUAGGAAAGCAGAGUUUCUCUUCAGGCAGGUUUUACUUUGAGGUCUCGGUUGAAGGGAAGACUCAUUGGACUGUAGGGGUCGCCAGAGAGUCGGUUGAUAGGAAGGGAACCAUUCAUCUGAGUCCUCAGAAAGGUUACUGGACUGUCGGGCUGAGGAAUAACACCUACAAGGCUUUUUCUGUCCCUCUAGUCAAUUUGCCUCUUCUGUUCUCUGUGCAGAAUCUGGGGGUGUUUGUGGAUUACGAUGAGGGUCUUGUCUCCUUCUAUGAUGUUGAAGCUGUAGCUCUGAUUUACUCCUUUACUGACUGCCUCUUCACUCAGAAACUCCACCCUAUCAUCAACCCGGGUCCGAAAUAUGUCGGUGGAAACUCUGCACCUCUGAUAAUCCUUCCUGUCAGUAAAACCACAUAGGUCAAAGGCCGUUAGAAAUGGACUAAAAUGCCUCUACUCGUGGCCUGUCCUGCAGGCCUGUCAUGAUUCCCUGGUGUUAGGUAUUUGUUAAUUGAUCUGUUAUUGACUUAUUUUCUGUAUUUCAGUACAUUUAGAGUUCUGUUUGAUUCCUUCUAAUGUUUCUGUGUUCCUGCUCUUCAGUUGGUCUGCAUUGUCCUGAUUAGAUCUUCUUGUUCAUCUUUCCACCAUGCCUCUGUACUUCCACUCUCUGGUUUCAUUCUGGCCACUGGAUCCUACUGUUUACCUCCUGUACCAUGUCACUGUGUGCCUGCCUGCUCCAUGCCCGUAUCUCUGCCCUUUUUCUGUGUUUUAUGUGUCCAUGUAGUCAUCCAUUCUGUUCUUCUUAAAUAUCUUCAACUCACCAUGUGAGUCCCACACUGCUGCUUGGACGUUAGUCCUACUAAACCCCAGCAUGCCAUGUCAAGGCCUGGUUUCUACUCCUCCCAAAGAAGACCUUGGGUUUGAACCUGAAUCUCGGACGUUCUGGAAUGCCAUCCCUAGGACUUCCAUCAAGUCUCUGCCUGGUCCUAUCUUCACCAUAUCUCACUGCUAUUCCAAGGUCACAGAAGGAACUGGAAUGUUUUCUGGAUUUACUGAACUUUAAAGAGGACAUGUGUACGACACACAUUGCUAAUGGACUUUUGAAUCAUCUGUAAAGUUAAGGGACAUGAGAAAAGUUGUUCUGUCACUGCUUUUCAUUUUGAAUUUUGAUAAUGCUGUAAACUUUCAAGGGUGUACAAUCAGUUUGAAGUGUCACUGUUGAUUUGACAAAUAAAAUUGGGUGAAUUGUGUGAACAUAAAGUGAGCUAAACCUUAAAAUGAAAGCAAACAAUAUUAUGUUUAUUAACCAUAAUUACACAAAAUGACCAGUCAAUAAAAUAGAAUUAGAUCCGAGAAGUAUUUCAUAUAAUUGUUUUGUCCAUAGUUUGAGUAAAUUGCUGGCUUUACGUUCAAA